AUGGUGGAUCCGUGGGCCCAGCACAGACCAUUCAGCCUCCAGCUGCUGAUAUACCUCUGCCUUCUGCAUCAAGGGGCCUCAGGCCAGCCCUACUUGACUUCCAAAGAUGCCCCAGAGGAAGAGGCUGUGUCCAUCCAAGGAGUGCGGGGUGGCUCUGUAGAGCUGUCCUGUGGUUCUGGGCCUACCUCAUUGGUGGUCCUCUGGAGCUUUAUCCCCACAGAUUCUGUGGUUCCUCGGCCUGUGGCAAUCACUGAUGGAGUCUCUUGGAAGGUGGAGGCUGGGGCUUCCACUCUGGGGGUUGUGAGUCUGAAGAACAGCAGCUUGCUGGUAGAGGAGCUCCAGGAGGGUGCCCAGGGCCACUUCUUGUGCCAGGCUCUGCACACAUCUCCAGGCCAGCUUCAUACCACCUACACCUACCUCACACUGGCUGUGCUGGUGCCCGUGUACAAGCCACAGGUGCGGCUGAGUGACCCGUCCCCAGUAGAAGGCGUCUCCGUGGAGGCCAUGUGUGUUGUACGUGAGGGCACGGAACCGGUGACUUUUACCUGGUAUCAUGAGCCACCCCGAGGUCCUGGGGAGACACUGAUUGGGUUCACAGAGCCCCUGCUCUGGCUGGAUCCGGUCAACCGGUCACACCUGGGUUGGUAUGUGUGCAGCGCUCAGAAUGUCGUCAAUGCACUGAGCAGCGACAGAGUCUUCCUGGAUGUCAUGUAUGGUCCAGACAAGCCGGUGAUCACUGUGGAGCCCCUGGGAUUCACCGACGAGGGCUUUUGGGCCAGUGAGAGACAGGAGGUGACCCUGAGUUGCCUGGCUGCAUCCAACCCUCCAAGUCACUACGUGUGGCUCCAUGAUGAUACUCAGAUCCACACUGGGUCCAUCUACAUCAUCGCCAGUGCUGGCCGCACCCACACAGGCUUAUACACUUGCCUGGCCCAAAACAGGCACUUGGACACCCGCACCCAGACCACCAUCCGACUCACCAUCUACUAUCCCCCUGAGAGGCAGCCCUCCUGUACUGUGCUCCCCACCCCUGGGGCUGUGACUUUGCUCUGCACCUGGCCUGGGGGGCUUCCAGCUGCCCAGCUGCAGUGGGAAGGACCCCAGGGGACAGGCCCUACCGCCCCCAGCAAUGUCACCUGGAGUCAUGUAGCCACUGGGCUCCCCAACAACAGUGUCUUCACCUGCACUGGCCAACACCCAUCCCUGAGACAGCCAGCCCUCUGCAGGAUCACGCUCUGGGAACCACCCUGGAGCCCAACCUGUAGGACCACAGCUACAGUAGGCGACCAGUUCAUCAUGCUGAGCUGUGAGUGGCCUGGAGGUCACCCUGCUGCUGUUCUGAGCUGGCUCGAUGGGCAGCAGCAGCCCUUGGGCGGCAGCAGUGAUUCGCUGGCAGUCCACCUCCUGAAGGCUCAGGGAGGUCUGUCUGGUAAAGAGUUCACCUGCCGGGGCUCUCAUCCCCUCAGGAGCGCAGAUCUUCACUGCCAGAUCCGGCUGGAAGCCCCUCAGCUGGCAGUGGCUGAGUCCCAGGUGUCAGUGUUGGAGGGGCAAGAGGCCUGGCUGGAGUGCACUCUUCAGGGGGGCGUGCCCCCUGCCCAGCUCCUCUGGCUGGCACCUCGGCAACAGCAGGUGGAACAGAGCACUUCUGGAUACAUGCUCUACUCCACGAGUGCCCAACUGCACCUCCGAAUCCGAGACGCUGACCCAGCACACCACAGGGGCACCUACCAAUGUGUGGCCCACAAUGCUGUGGGCAACAGCAGCCAGGAUGUGCGGCUAGAGGUUCUGAGGUAUCCGGCUCCUCCCAAUGUUACCAUCAGCCACCUGAUGUACAGGCGGCACCGGAGAGAGGUGCAGCUGCAGUGGGCCAUUCAGGGCCCUGGGAACCUGACUGGCUUUCUGGUGCAGCGGAGGGCCAGUGUCCCCAGCCCAGGAACAGGGGCUUGGGAGACAGCAGCUAGAGACAUUGAGCCAGAGAGCAGGGACCGGCUUCUGGGAGGCUUGGACCCAGGGGUCCUUUAUGCCUUCCGAAUCCUGGCUCUGAAUCACCGAACCGCAGGACAUCCCUCCGAGGUGAAGACACCAGUGGACCCUCCCUUCAGUGCCUAUCCAGCAGUGUUGGGUGCAGCAGGCACGGGAAUGGUGGUGGCGACAGUGGCUUCUCUGUUGGUGUUCCAGUAUGCAGCGCGGCACCCUCAGACUUUCCCCUGUUUCGGGCAGCUGCUUAUUCCCCUGGAGCACAGGGACCAACAGAGGGGCUCAGAAGACCCAGAGACACACACAGGCAUAGAGACACCAGUUACCUCUUCAAGUUUGGAUCCUGGACAAGAAGCCACUGAUGCUCCAGUCAGUGUUACCAUCACAAUGACUGCAACACCAUGA